AUGGUUUUCAAAUGUCAAGAUGAUUCUUUUUUGAAAGAGUUCACUUCAACUGUCGUGUCCUGUGAAAAACUGAGCUCCGAAGGCAACUGCGAAUCGUUCGAAGUUAUUUUAGAUGAUACAAUUCUGUUUCCCGAAGGAGGCGGGCAGCCUUGCGACCAUGGCUUUUUGAAUGGAGUACCGGUGAAGAAAGUCCUGAGAAGAACUGAUAAAGCCGUUCAUUAUGUGCCAGAGCCCAUUGAAGUGGGUUCAACGGUUAAGCAAACAAUCAAUUGGGAAAGAAGGUUCGAUCACAUGCAACAACAUUCCGGCCAACAUUUAUUAUCAGCCAUAUUGGAACAACAUUUCAAAGCUAAUACUGUAUCAUGGUGGCUGGGGGAAGAGGACUCUUACGUUGAACUAGAUGUCCCUACUUUAAAGGAAGACGAUUUAAAAAGAGCCGAAUGUAUGGUAAACGAUUACAUAAGGCAAGGCAGAGAUGUUACAGUGACUGUAUACCCAAUGGAUACCCCUGAAGAUGUUCUAGAAAAGGUAAGAAGCGUGAAAGGUCUUCCUGAAGAUCACAAAGGCGAUAUUAGAGUGAUAAAUAUCGAAGGUAUCGACAGUAACAUGUGCUGUGGAACUCACGUAAAAAACCUGAGUCAACUCCAGAUGAUGAAGUUGUUGUAUAUCGAAAAGAGCAAGAGGAAGGAUAACAGUUUGCUUCAUUUUCUGUUUGGAAAUCGCGUUUUGAAUCGAUUGGAAUGCUGUUUGGAUAGGGAGAAGAAAUUAACAAUGCUGCUUAAUAAUAACCCGUGUCAACACGUUGAAUUGGUAGAGAAGCUGCAAAAGAACGUGAAAAUACUCAACAAAAACUUGCAAAAUGUUGCCAAAGAAUUGGCAUUUAGUGAUGCGAGAAAAUUGAAAAGUACAAACCCGUUGCCAAAGUACUUCUUUUUAUACAGGAAAGAUGCCGAAAUAGAUUUCAUAAAUAGCUUUUUAAGAGAAUUGGGGAAUACGGAAGUUUUUCUAUUCCUUGCUGUAGGCGAUGAAAAGAAAGAGGGCAACAUUCUAUUGCAAGGCAAGGAAGAAAUACUUUCGGAAUUAGGCCCAAAGGUUUGUCAACUGCUAGAAGGAAAAGGAGCUGGUAAAGGAACAACAUACAGAGCGAAAGUAUCGAAGAUGAUAAAACGUAAAGACGCCGAAAAAUUAAUUGCGGAUUAUUUUAAUCAGUUAAACCAAUAA